UUAGGGAGCUACAACAAGUACAACAACAACUGCUACAAAGACUGUCUGUGGCUGUGUUUGCUGAACAGUGGUACCAGUUUCGUAGCUGGAUUUGCAGUUUUCUCGGUGCUGGGAUUCAUGGCUCAUGAGCAGGGCGUUCCCAUUGCAGAUGUGGCAGAGUCAGGUCCAGGCUUGGCGUUCAUUGCAUAUCCUCAGGCUGUAGCCAUGAUGCCUCUGCCUCAACUGUGGUCCAUCUGUUUCUUUGUCAUGCUCAUUCUCUUGGGUCUGGACACAGAAUUUAUCACCAUGGAGGUGGUGAUGACGUCCUUCACAGAUCUGUUUCCCAAAGUACUGCGCAGGGCAGGCCGACGGGAGAGGUUCCUCAUCCUCUUCUGCUGCCUCUGCUUCUUAUGUCAGCUUUUCCUGAUCACACAAGGAGGGAUGUAUGUGUUCCAGAUGAUGGACUACUAUGCUUGUAAUGGAGUCUGCAUCCUCUUUCUCGGUGUGUUUGAAACGCUGGCGCUGGGACGGAUAUUUGGGACGGAGCGGUUGUAUGGCAUCAUCAAGGACAUGACAGGGGAGAACGCCAGCCCGUUUUUCAAAAUGUGCUGGCUCUACUUCACACCACUGGUGUCACUGGGCACUUUUAUAUAUUCUUUAGUUGAGUACCGGCCUCUGACCUUUAAUCGCUGGUACGUGUACCCAGACUGGGUAUAUGUGUUAGGCUGGCUACUGACCCUCUCCUCCGUCGUGCUUGUGCCUGGAUGUGCAUUGUAUAAGCUGAGCACUGGGACUGGGACUCUCAGACAGGUGGGACAACUGUGUACCUGACUAUUAUGGUCAUCAGUGAAAGACAAAGACAAGGUGUUUGUGUCUUAUCUCAACUAA